AUGAUACCACUCAAAAGAAUGAAGCUCCUGCUGUUCCUGGCUUCCCAGAUGGCCAUUUUCAUUCUGUUCAUCCUUGUGUACUCCCACGACGACAACUCCCUGCAGGUGAAGGAGGAACCCAAGCCCCCACACAUGCAUGUGCUGGUCCUGUCUUCAUGGCGCUCUGGCUCCUCUUUUGUAGGGCAGCUUUUUGGACAGCACCCAGAUGUCUUCUACCUGAUGGAGCCCGCCUGGCAUGUGUGGAUGACCUUCACACAAAGCACAGCCCAGAGGCUGCAUAUGGCUGUGCGGGACCUCAUUCGGGCUGUCUUUCUGUGUGACAUGAGCGUCUUUGAUGCCUACAUGAAUCCUGGCCCCCGGAAACAGUCCAGCCUAUUCCAGUGGGACGGUAGCCGGGCCCUGUGUUCCCCACCUGCCUGCAACCUCUUCCCGCGAGAUAAGAUCAUACCCCAGGCCCACUGCAGGAUUCUGUGCCACCAGCAGCCCUUCGAGGUGGUGGAGGAGGCCUGCCGCAGCUACAGCCACGUGGUGCUCAAGGAGGUGCGCUUCUUCAACCUGCAGGUGCUCUACCCGCUGCUGAGAGACCCUUCCCUCAACCUGCACAUUGUGCACCUGGUCCGGGACCCCCGUGCAGUGUUCCGGUCCCGAGAACACACCACGAAUGAACUUAAGAUUGACAGCCACAUUGUGAUGGGGCAGCAUCGGCAGAAACUCAAGAAGGAGGAUCAACCUUACUAUGCAAUGCAAGUCAUCUGCCAAAGCCAGCUGGAGAUCUUCAAAGCCGUGCAGUCCUUGCCGAAAGCCCUAAGGCAGCGCUACCUGCUCGUGCGCUAUGAGGACUUGGUCCGGGACCCCCUGGCCCAAACUGCCCGAAUGUAUGAAUACGUAGGGCUGAAAUUCUUGCCCCGGCUCCAGACCUGGGUACAGAAUAUCACUCGAGGCAAGGGCAUGGGUAAGCACGCCUUCCACACAAAUGCCAGGAAUGCCCUCAAUGUCUCUCAGGCCUGGCGCUGGUCCCUGCCUUAUAAAAAGGUUUUUCGACUUCAGAAAGUCUGCAGGAAUACCAUGAACCUGCUGGGCUACCACCUUGUCACAUCAGACCAAGAGCAGAAAAACCUGUCGCUGGAUCUUCUGUCUACCUGGAGUCCCUACGAGCUGGUCUACCAAGAGGGUUAA